AGUCACCAACUUGCAAUCGCAAGUCUGUGAUCUACCACCUGGUUCAUGGCUUUGUCAGAGAAAUUGCUGGCCCUUCUGUUCACUACUUUCCAUUCGCAUCUUUGAUCAUCAGCAUCACUGGUUGGUUAGUCGACGGUUCACUACUUUCCAUUCGCAUCUUUGAUCAUCAGCAUCACUGGUUGGUUAGUCGAAGAUAUUAAGUUGGACUACCCAGAGUCCAAUUAUCAGAAACACCACUGAAGAAAAGAAACAGGAGGAUGGUAUUUCCAUAGGGCUGCCACAGAAAACACCACACUACAAGCUUCAUCACAAGAGCAAUCGAGGGAGAAAUCCCCUGCAACUCCAUCCCCUGGCACCUUGAAAAAAAAAAAGGAACAAAAAUGGCUGAAGGCGCAAUCAUAUCUUUCGCCCAGAGACUAGGUGUGAUAGUACUAGAAGAAUACAAAUUUAUACAAGGGGUGCAAGACCAGGUUGUGUCUCUUCGUGAUGAGCUCCAAUGGAUCAGUUCCUUUCUAAAGGAUGCUGCAAUGCAAGGCAAUAAGAACGAGAGAGUGGACAUAUGGGUGAGCCAGAUCAGAGACCUUGCUUAUGAUGCUGAGGAUGUCCUUGAUGUCUUCAUCCUCAAGGUAAAGCGGCUACGGCGAAGAAACAUAAAAGCACUUAUCCAUUACCCUAGCCAACUUUUUACUCUUCACAAGUUGGGGAACAAGAUUGACCGCAUCAACCGAAGGAUCGAUAGGAUUUCAACUUACAGAUCAAAGUAUGCCAUUGAUAAGUUAGAGGAUAAAGAGUCUUUGGGCAAGGAUGUAGCAUUGAAUGAGAGGACACCCCCUGAUAUGGUGGAAGAUGGCGUUGUUGGCUUCGAAAAUCAGGCAAAAGUUGUGGUUCAAAUGUUGUUAUUGAACCAAGAAGAUUCACAAAUGCACCACGUUGUUUCAAUAGUUGGGAUGCCUGGUUCAGGUAAAACCACCCUUGCUCAUGAAGUCUUUGAUGAUGUUAAAUAUCAAUUUGAUUCUUGUGCUUGGGUAAACGUCUCCCCAAAGUAUACACUAGUUAGUCCUUUGCAAAGCAUCAAGAGUCAAAAUCCUGGGAAGGAAGGAGGUAUGGGGAAUUUAUUAGUAGUGUUUGAUGAUGUUAGGAAAAGGAAAGAUUGGGAGGCAUUAUACAGUGAUGUCCUAAAAAAUAUAAAGAGCACAAAAAUUAGAAUACUUCUUACUUCUCGCUUUGGUAAAGUAACCAAGCGUGCCAACUCAUCUUUGGAUCCCUAUGAGAUAAGACCUUUGGAGAAAAAGGAUAGUUUGGAGCUCCUGAAAAGGAAGGUUUUCCCCAAGCAAAGUUGUUUCCCUGAACAACUGAAGGAUUUAGCUGAGAAAAUUGUUGAAAAGUGCGAAGGUUUACCGCUUGCAAUUGUUGUAAUGGGUGGUCUCUUGUCAAGAAAACAGAAAACAGCUGAAGUGUGGAAUAAAAUUCUGCAGAAUUCGAGGUGGCAGCUAAUUCACGGCUCUACUACUGAAUGGUUGGAGCUACCUUCUUUGAGUUAUGAUAAUCUACCUAAUUUCUUGAAGCCAUGUUUUCUCUAUUUUGGCCUAUUCCCAGAAGACUGUCCAGUCGAUUGUGAAAUCUUAAUUCAACUAUGGAUCGCAGAGGGUUUCAUAGAAGAGAAAGGAGCAGAAACAAUGGAGGAUGUUGCUGAGAACUACCUCGAAGAAUUAAUUCAAAGGAACAUGAUCCAAGUAGCAUGCAGAAGAUUUGAUGGAAGUCUUGAAACAUGUCGCAUCCAUGAUCUCUUUCGAGAGUUUGCAAUCUUAAAAGGACAACAAGACAAAUUUCUUGAUGUCUUGGGGAGUAAAGGUUCAGCAAACCGCACAAUGUCACGCCGACUUGCCAUUCAUUCAACAUAUGAGGCCGCUAAAGUGACUGAAAUCCCGAAUAGCUCUUCUUUAAAUAAUCCCCGUUCGAUUAUGUACUUCAAUUGCUCGAGGAAUGUAAGAUUAGAAGAGAAGUUUUUCCACAAAAGCUUCAAACUUCUUAGGGUGUUGGAUCUACGAGGGGUGUCUCCCAGGAUCUUACCUGAUGAAAUAGGGAAACUUGUCCUCCUCAAGUACUUGAAUCUACAUGGAGCUAAGAUAGGAAGGCUUCCAUCAUCAAUACGCAAUCUCCGAAAUUUGCUUACUCUAGAUAUAUCUUAUACUCAAAUCAAUGGCAUACCUUGGUCAGUAUGGGAGUUAGAAGAGCUAAGAAAUUUUUAUGCUAAUCUUUUAUACUCCACUCAUCAAGAGUCUAAUUCAUCUGAUGCUGGUAAUGAUGGAUUUUCUUCUAAUGUUGGCUGCAAUAUUAGAGACUAUUAUCAUAGUGGUGAUACUCCGAAAAUCGGGCGACUAAGGAAUCUUCGGACACUAUCUACAAGAGGCGACAAUUGGAUUUGUAAUGACUUUGGGCAAUUGAGCAAUCUCAGAAAGCUAAAGAUAACUGAAGUGAACAUGGACCUUUAUGGAGAAGCAUUAUCUAAUUCGUUUUUCCAAUUUAUAUUCCUUAAGGAGUUGGACAUCGAUUGGAACAAGGGCAUGCUACAAUUUCCAGAUUCACUUUCACAACAUAUUUACCUCUACAAACUGAGAUUAUCAGGAGUAAUGAUAAAGCUACCAUCUGAUCCUAGUUUUUUUCCACCAAAUCUUGCUGAAUUGCAUUUAUGUCGAACUGAUCUGAAGGAGGAAGAUGGUUUUUCCUAA